AUGGAAAACUUGUUACGCCUAGUGGACCACGAAGACUUCUUCUCUCGUCGUUGCAUUUGGGUGAACGGCCCUAUAAUUGUAGGGGCAGGUCCCUCAGGGCUUGCCACAGCAGCAUGCCUUAGAGAACAAGGGGUGCCCUUCAUGGUUCUGGAACGUGCAGAUUGCAUAGCCUCACUGUGGCAGAAACGGACCUAUGACAGACUCAAACUUCACCUCCCUAAGCAAUUCUGCCAGCUCCCGAAACGCCCUUUCCCUGAAGAUUUCCCCGAAUACCCCACAAAGAAACAGUUCAUAGAGUACCUAGAGUCUUACGCCAGGCACUUCGAGAUCAACCCUCAGUUCAACCAGUGUGUUCAGUCCGCAAGGUACGAUGAGACUAGCGGGUUGUGGCGGGUGAAGACCGUUUCCUCGAGUGGCGCCACACGCAACGAGGUGGAGUACAUUUGCAGGUGGCUCGUGGUGGCCACUGGGGAGAAUGCUGAGUGUGUGAUGCCUGAGAUUGAAGGCUUGAGUGAGUUCAAGGGUGAGGUCAUCCAUGCUUGUCAUUACAAGUCAGGGGAAAGCUUCAGGGGAAGGAAGGUCCUUGUUGUUGGCUGUGGCAAUUCCGGCAUGGAGCUCUCUCUUGAUCUUUGCAACCACCAUGCUUCUCCUUCCAUGGUUGUUCGCAGCUCGGUUCACGUGUUGCCUAGAGAAGUAUUUGGGAAAUCAACGUUUGAAUUCGCGGUUAUGAUGCUGCAAUGGCUUCCCCUUUGGCUUGUUGACAAGAUUCUCCUGAUCUUGGCAUGGUUUCUUCUGGGGAACAUAGAGAACUUGGGGCUCAAAAGGCCUUCAACUGGUCCAUUGGAGCUGAAGAACACAAAGGGGAAGACCCCGGUUCUGGAUAUUGGUGCCUUGGCGAAGAUUAGAUCCGGUGAAAUAAAAGUGGUGCCAGGAGUCAAGAGAUUCAAUAAUGGAGAAGUUGAGCUUGUCAAUGGUGAAAAGCUUGAUGUUGAUGCAGUGGUGCUUGCAACCGGUUACCGCAGUAACGUUCCUUCUUGGCUUCAGGAAGGUGAAUUUUUCUCAAAGAAUGGAUUCCCCAAAAUGCCAUUCCCUCAUGGUUGGAAGGGAAAUGCUGGACUUUAUGCUGUGGGGUUCACAAAGAGAGGGCUCUCUGGUGCUUCUUCUGAUGCUGUGAAAAUUGCUCAAGAUAUUGGCAAAGUUUGGAAAAAUGAGACUAAGCAAAAGAAACAGCGCACUACUGCUUGUCACAGAAGAUGCAUUUCUCAGUUCUAA